UCGGUUGGUGAAACCUCACCUUUAAACCUGUGCUCUCUCCCUCUACCCAAUCCUUUUUUUCCUUGCACCAACGAAACGACAUCACAUCACCUGCCAUGCCGUCCGAAACCAAGCAGCAGCCUGAAACGGCAGGAAAUUUUUGGGGCGAUACGCCGGAGGAGGAGUACUAUGCGUCUCAAGGAGUGAUAAAUAGUAAGUCGUAUUUUGAAACGCCGAACGGGAAGCUGUUUACGCAGAGUUUUAUACCGUUGGAUAAGAAAGUCAAAGCAACGGUAUACAUGACUCACGGCUAUGGAUCAGAUACUGGUUGGUUGUUUCAGAAGAUUUGUAUUAAUUUUUCGACUUGGGGUUAUGCUGUUUUCGCCGCUGAUCUCCUCGGCCAUGGUCGAUCUGACGGUCUGCGUUGCUAUAUGGGUGAAAUGGAGAAAAUCGCAGCCACGUCCUUAUCAUUCUUCAAGCACGUGCGCAACAGCAAACCGUAUAAUGAAUUACCAGCCUUCUUGUUUGGCGAAUCAAUGGGUGGGCUCGCGACAAUGUUAAUGUACUUCCAAUCAGAACCCAGUACGUGGACGGGCUUGAUUUUCUCGGCCCCACUUUUCGUGAUACCUGAACCAAUGAAACCGAGUAAACUACAUCUGUUCGUGUACGGUCUCCUCUUUGGAUUAGCUGACACGUGGGCAGCAAUGCCAGACAAUAAGAUGGUAGGGAAAGCAAUCAAGGACCCGGAAAAACUCAAGAUCAUAGCAUCGAACCCGAGAAGAUACACAGGCAAGCCUAGAGUGGGAACAAUGAGGGAAAUUGCUAGGAUGUGCCAAUACAUACAGGAUAACUUCUCUAAGAUUACGGCGCCGUUUUUGACCGUCCACGGCACGGCGGACGGAGUGACGUGCCCUACAUCAUCGCAAUUACUGUAUGAGAAAGCUUCCAGUGAAGAUAAGAGUUUGAAAAUGUACGAGGGGAUGUAUCAUUCGUUGAUACAAGGAGAGCCUGACGAGAAUGCCAAUCUUGUGUUGAAAGACAUGAGAGAGUGGAUUGAUGAGAGGGUCGAGAGGUAUGGUUCUAACAAAAUUGUUGAUUUGAGUGCAAAUUAAGGCAAAAUUAAAAACUGUGAUUAAAUUUGGGGGAAACUUUGGGUUUGUCCAUUCCUUUUAAUGUGGUGAUAUGGAUAAAAGACAUUGUUGUAACGGAAUAAAAGAUUAUGAGAUACAAAUUUGAAGCUUCGUUUGUU